AUUCUUGGUUUAUGGUUCCUGAAACUUUUGUUGUUGUCACAUACAGCGUCAUUUAGAUUAAUAACUUUUCCCAUGCAAUGUGGAAGAAUACAGUAAUAAGUGCAUCAGAUAGAAUAUUUCCAGGUCUUGCUUAUCACAAUCGAAUAAAAGAAUUUCAUGACAUAGGAAACCAGAUCAAGUCCAGUUUACCGCUACAAAUGGCACUGUAUUUCAAUACUUGGCUAUUUCCCUUUUGGUUUUUCAUCAGUUUGAAUCUUCUCGAUCAAAAAUAUCAUAAACUAUCGGACAUUUACAAAUUUAUAACUGUUGGCGUUUUUGUAAUUGUUGCCGUUUCGGAAUGCAUACGACUGUACCUGGGGUAUCUCGGGAAUUUGGCAGAAAAGAUUCCUGAGUUGGCUUGUUUUUGGUUGAUUUCAACACUGAUACAAUUUCCUCUACAAAUGUUCACUCUAGUUGAUGGUAGGAUGCUGCCAGGUAGAGGAGAACAUGUAAUAAAUAGUGUUAUGAUAGUUUUCCUAAUCACUGAAAUAAUUACCGGAACAAUCGCAUUAAGAAAUUCAGCCAAUCAUCACGCAAAAAGAUUUUAUCUUGCACAACUUUACGAAAUUGGUGAAAAACUAGAGUAAAACCGAUGAAAUAUCUUUGAACAGUAAUGCUUGUAUAUGUGAAAUGUUGAACUAUUCAUCACUUAA